CCACAAGCACUACUGCAUCCCCUACUGAAACCACAACUGAUGCUUCUUCUACAACCACUAUAGCACCUACAACAUCUUCGUCGACAACUGCAGCUCCAACAAUGCGAAUCACAUCUGCAGGUCCAAAUAAUAGUUUAACUCCUACGACAACCACAACCGCAGCUCCUACUACAACAACUGUAGCUGCUUCCACAACCACUACUGCAUUACCUACUCCAACAACAACUGAAGCUGCUUCCACAAGCACUACUGCAGACCCUGCUGCAACCACAACUGAAGCUUCUUCUACAACAACUAUAGCAGAUUCGACAACAUCCCCUUCGACAAAUGCAGCUCCUACUACCACAACUGUAGGUGCUUCCACAACCACUACUGCAUUACCUACUGCAACCACGACUGCAGCUUCUUCCACAACCACUACUGCAGCCCUGACUGCAACCACAACUGAAGCUUCUUCUACAACAACUACUGCAGCCCUUACUGGAACCACAACUGAAGCUUCUUCAAAAACAACUAUAGCACCUACGACAACCACAACAAUCUCCCCUUCGACAACUGUUGCUCCAACAACGCCAAUCGCAACCGAAGGUCCUACUACCAUUUUAACUCCUACGUCAACCACAACUGUGGCACCAACAGCAACUGUAGCCGAUACAACCGCUACAUUUGCAGCAGCUCAAACAACAACAACUGUAGCUGCUUCCUCAACCACUACAGCAGCCCCUACUGCAACUAGAAAUGAAGAUCCUUCUACAAUAACCACAACAACAUCCCCUACGACAACUGCAGCUCCUACUACAACCACAACAACUGCAGCAGUUCCUACAACAACAACUGAAGCAGCUUCCACAAGCACUACUGCAUCCCCUACUGAAACCACAACUGAUGCUUCUUCUACAACCACUAUAGCACCUACAACAUCUUCGUCGACAACUGCAGCUCCAACAAUGCGAAUCACAUCUGCAGGUCCAACUAAUAGUUUAACUCCUACGACAACCACAACCGCAGCUCCUACUACAACAACUGUAGCUGCUUCCACAACCACUACUGCAUUACCUACUCCAACUGCAACUGAAGCUUCUUCCACAACCACUACUGCAGCCCUUACUGCAACCACAACGGAAGCUUCUUCUACAACAACUAUAGCACCUACGACAACCACAUCAAUCACCCCUUCGACAACUGUAGCUCCAACAACGCCAAUCACAACCGAAGGUCCUACUACCAUUUUAACUCCUACGACAACCACAACUGUAGCACCUACAGCAACCACAACAACAACUGUAGAACCUACGACAACCACAACAACAUCUCCUACGACAACUGCAGCUCCUACUACAACCACCGGAGCUCCUACGGCCACUACAACAGCAGCAGCUCCAACAACAACAACUGAAGCUGCUUCCACAAGCAGUACUGCAGCCCCUACUGCAACCACAACAGAAGCUUCUUCUACAACAACUGUCCUACUACCACAACUCUCCAACAACGCCAAUCGCAACCGAAGGUCCUACUACUAUUUUAACUCCUACGAAAACCACAACUGUAGCACCUACAGCAGCCACAACAACAACUGUAGCAGCUACGACAACAUCUUUUUCAACAACUGUAGCUCCUACAUCGACAAUCAAAACUGCAGGACCUACUACCAUUGUAAGUCCUACGACCAACACGAAUCUCCUACUACAACCACCGGAACUCCCACAGCCACUUCAACAGCAGCAGCUCUUACAACAACAACUGAAGAUGCUUCCACAAGCACUACUGUAGCCCCUACUGCAACCACAACAGAAUCUUCUUCUACAACAACUGUAGAAACUACGACUUCCACAACAACAACUGCAGCUCCUACUACAACCACCGGAGCUCCUACGGCCACUUCAGCAGCAGCAGCUCUUACAACAACAACUGAAGCUGCUUCCACAAGCACUACUGCAGACCCUGCUGCAACCACAACUGAAGCUUCUUCUACAACAACUAUAGCAGAUUCGACAACAUCCCCUUCGACAAAUGCAGCUCCUACUACCACAGGUGCUUCCACAACCACUACUGCAUUACCUACUGCAACCACGACUGCAGCUUCUUCCACAACCACUACUGCAACUCCUACGACAACCACAACCGCAGCUCCUACUACAACAACUGUAGCUGCUUCCACAACCACUACUGCAUUACCUACUCCAACUGCAACUGAAGCUUCUUCCACAACCACUACUGCAGCCCUUACUGCAACCACAACGGAAGCUUCUUCUACAACAACUAUAGCACCUACGACAACCACAUCAAUCACCCCUUCGACAACUGUAGCUCCAACAACGCCAAUCACAACCGAAGGUCCUACUACCAUUUUAACUCCUACGACAACCACAACUGUAGCACCUACAGCAACCACAACAACAACUGUAGAACCUACGACAACCACAACAACAUCUCCUACGACAACUCUCCUACUACAACCACCGGAGCUCCCACGGCCACUUCAACAGCAGCAGCUCUUACAACAACAACUGAAGCUGCUUCCACAAGCACUACUGCAGACCCUGCUCUCCAACAACGCCAAUCGCAACCGAAGGUCCUACUACUAUUUUAACUCCUACGAAAACCACAACUGUAGCACCUACAGCAGCCACAACAACAACUGUAGCAGCUACGACAACAUCUUUUUCAACAACUGUAGCUCCUACAUCGACAAUCAAAACUGCAGGACCUACUACCAUUGUAAGUCCUACGACCAACACGAAUGUAGCUCCUACAGCAACCACAACAGAAGCUCCUGCUACAACAACUGUAGAAACUACGACUACCACAACAACAUCCCCUACGACAACUGCAGCUCCUACUACAACCACCGGAGCUCCCACAGCCACUUCAACAGCACUCCUACUACCACAACUGUAGGUGCUUCCACAACCACUACUGCAUUAACUACUGCAACCACGACUGCAGCUUCUUCCACAACCACUACUGCAGCCCUGACUGCAACCACAACUGAAGCUUCUUCUACAACAACUACUGCAGCCCUUACUGGAACCACAACUGAAGCUUCUUCAAAAACAACUGUAGCACCCACGACAACCACAACAAUCUCCCCUUCGACAACUGUAGCUCCAACAACGCCAAUCGCAACCGAAGGUCCUACUACCAUUUUAACUCCUACGUCAACCACAACUGUGGCACCAACAGCAACUGUAGCCGAUACAACCGCUACAUUUGCAGCAGCUCAAACAACAACAACUGUAGCUGCUUCCUCAACCACUACAGCAGCCCCUACUGCAACUAGAAAUGAAGAUCCUUCUACAAUAACCACAACAACAUCCCCUACGACAACUGCAGCUCCUACUACAACCACAACAACUGCAGCAGUUCCUACAACAACAACUGAAGCAGCUUCCACAAGCACUACUGCAUCCCCUACUGAAACCACAACUGAUGCUUCUUCUACAACCACUAUAGCACCUACAACAUCUUCAGCUGCAACUGAAGCUUCUUCCACAACCACUACUGCAGCCCUUACUGCAACCACAACGGAAGCUUCUUCUACAACAACUAUAGCACCUACGACAACCACAUCAAUCACCCCUUCGACAACUGUAGCUCCAACAACGCCAAUCACAACCGAAGGUCCUACUACCAUUUUAACUCCUACGACAACCACAACUGUAGCACCUACAGCAACCACAACAACAACUGUAGAACCUACGACAACCACAACAACAUCUCCUACGACAACUGCAGCUCCUACUACAACCACCGGAGCUCCUACGGCCACUACAACAGCAGCAGCUCCAACAACAACAACUGAAGCUGCUUCCACAAGCAGUACUGCAGCCCCUACUGCAACCACAACAGAAGCUUCUUCUACAACAACUGUAGAAACUACGACUACCACAACAACAACAUCCCCUACGACAACUGCAGCUCCUACUACAACAACUGUAGCUCCUACGGGCACUACAACUAUAGCAGCACCUACAACAACAACUGCAGCUGCUUUCACAAGCACUACUGCCACCCCUACUGCAACCACAUCUGAAGCUUCUCCUACAACAACUACAGCAUCUACGACAACAUCCCCUUUGACAACUGCAGCUCCUACUACAACAAAUGCAACUCCUACAACGCCAGUCACAACUACCAUUUUACCUCCUACGACAAACACAACUGCAGCUCCUACUACAACAACUAUAGCUGAUUCCACAACCACUACUGCAUUCCCUACUCCAACCACUACUGAAGCUCCUUCUACAGCUGUAGCACCUACAACAACCACAACAACAUCGCCAAUGACAACUCCAGCUCCUACAACGCCAAUCACAACUGCAGGUCCUACUACCAUUUUAAAUCCAACGCCAAACACAAAUGUAGCUCCUAGAGAAACCACAACAGCAGCUUCUACAACGCCUGUAGCUCCAACAACUACGACAGCAACUACUACCUUCGACUACAACAACUGUAGCUCCUACAACCACUACAGAACCUACUAUGUCAAUCAUAACUGCAGCACCCACUACGUCAUUCACAACUGCAGGUCCUUCUACCAUUUUACCUCCUUCGACAACCACAACUGUAUCACCUACGACAACCACAACAACAUCCACUACAACAACUGUAGCUCCUACAAUGUCAAUCUCAACUGCAACUUCUACUUCAACAACUGUUGCUCCCACGACCACAACUGCAGCAGCUCCUAUAACCACAACUGUAGAUGCUUCCAUAAACACAACAGCAGCACCUACUACGUCAAUCACAACUGCAGCUCCUUCAAUGCCAAUCCCAACUACAGCUCCUACAACAACAACUCUUGCUCCUUCGACCUCUACAACUUCAGCACCAACUACUUUAUUCACAACUGCAGGUCCUACUACCAUUUUACCUCCUUCGACAACCACUACAACAACUGUAGCUCCUACAAUGUCAAUCUUAACUGCAGCUUCAAUUACAACUGUAGCAUCACCUACAACAACAACUACAGAUGUUUCCACAACCACAAGUGCAGCACCUACUACAUCAAUCCCAACUGCAGCUUCAAUUACAACUGUAGCAUCACCUACAACAACAACUACAGAUGUUUCCACAACCACAAGUGCAGCACCUACUACAUCAAUCCCAACUGCAGCUUCUACUUCAACAACUGUUGCUCCCACGACCACAACUGCAGCAGCUCCUAUAAUAACAACUGUAGAUGCUUCCAUAAACACAACAGCAGCACCUACUACGUCAAUCACAACUGCAGCUUCUUCUUCAACAACUGUAGCUCCCACGAUCACUACAACUGCAGAAGCUCCUACAACAACAAAUGCUUCUACAUUUACGACUGCAUCACCUACUGCAACCACAACAGAAGCUCCUUCUACAACAACUGUAGCACCAAUGACUUUAAGAACAACAGUCCCAACGACAACUGCAGCUAA